AUGGUUGUUCUGUGGAGCCAAUUGGUCAUUAAAUCAGUGCUUUUAGUCUGUAGCAUUAUAUCUCUCUGCUUAUAUAGUGGGAGAGCAGAGGUUAUAGUAGAAAAUUUUAGUUUGGAAAAUAAAGGGGUUGUAAGCAAUAGCAAGUGCAACUUGUUUCAAGGUAGAUGGGCAAUUGAUCCUUCUUUUCCUCUUUAUGAUUCCUCAAAGUGCCCUUUCAUUGACCCUGAAUUUGAUUGCCUCAAAUAUGGUCGCCCUGAUAAACAAUACCUCAAAUAUGCUUGGAAACCUGAUUCUUGUAACUUGCCCAGGUUUAAUGGGAAGGAUUUGUUGCAGAGAUGGUCAGGGAAAAAAAUAAUGUUUAUUGGUGACUCGUUGAGUUUGAACAUGUGGAAUUCUCUGGCCUGUAUGCUACAUGCGUCGGUGCCCAUUGCCAAAACCACAAUUUCUAGGAAGGAGACACUUUCUUAUGUCACUUUUCAGGACUAUGGAGUUACUUUAUUUCUUUAUCGAACAACUUACCUUGUGGAUAUAGUAAGAGAGAAGAUUGGAAGGGUAUUGAAAUUGAAUGCCAUUCAACAAGGUGAUGCUUGGAAAGGAAUGGAUGUGUUAAUUUUCAAUUCUUGGCAUUGGUGGACUCACAAGGGCAACUCUCAACCAUGGGAUUAUGUGCAAGAUGGUAUGAAAGUAUCAAAAGAUAUGGACCGUUUAAUGGCAUAUUACAAAGGUCUAACUACUUGGGCUAGAUGGGUUGAUGGAAAUGUUGACUCCUCUAAGACCAAAGUGUUCUUCCAGGGCAUUUCUCCAACUCAUUAUAUGGGUCAGGAAUGGGGGGCAUCAACAAAGAAUUGCAACUCAGAGCAAAUACCAUUAGCAGGAUCGACAUAUCCAGCAGGGACACCAGCAUCAGCAAUUGUGGUUAACAAAGUACUAAAUAGGAUGAAGACACCAGUUCAUCUCCUCGAUAUCACGUUUCUGUCUCAGUUAAGGAAAGAUGCUCAUCCAUCAAUGUACAGCGGCGGUCACCCUGGUGUAGAUUGCAGCCACUGGUGUCUCCCUGGACUACCUGAUACAUGGAACCAGCUUCUUUAUGCAUCACUAAUUAUACCUUCAGCUCAAAACAGCCAGCAAUCAAGUGAACGUAGCAAUCAUUGGCGCAGUACUCCUGGACUUCUUAAUAAUUGGAGCCAGCUUGUUUAUGCAGCAGCAGUUCUACUCUGAAGACGAAGACUUCAGAUUAGUUUUAAUUGCUCAUAGUUUGAUUCAAGGACAUACAAUAGCUUUUAGAUGUAAUAACUAAGGGUGCAUAGAAGUUCUAUUGAUUUCUAAUUACUAGCUUGAACUUUCCUUUCAUUUUGUUAAGCAAUAGCGAAUAAAAGCAGAAUCUCUCUGCUUGUAUCUGGAUUGAGUACUAGUAAAUGUAAAAGCUUCUUAUCCAGAUAUGAAAUUUCAUGUGUAAGUCAGUUUUAUGAUUCACAACUAAGAGAUUUGCAACAUUUAGAUGAAA